AUGCGCUCCGCCUUGAGUUGGUUUCAUGGCGGCCCCAGAGACAGAGACGGUGACGGGGACAUGAACAUGGACGUGGACGAGCGGCUACCGAGGACAGUGAAGAGCAUGUUGUCCACGCUCACAUCGAGUCAAAAUACCAAUACCAAUACCAAUACGACUUGCAGUUCCAUGUCCGGAUCCAGCACCGUAACAAGCGCCAAUAGCCCCAUAACCGACGCCAAUGCCAGCGCCACCGCCUGGGCCAGCUCCAGCGACCUCGCUGCCUGUUCCGCGGCAUUCAAUGUCAAUGUCGCCUCCGCCCACUCUCACGCCCACAUUGACAUUGACAUUGACACUGACACUGACGCUGAAGCUGACUGGAUUGGGAGCACCACUCUUCUGUCUCUGUCGCCCCAGGACUUCUCAUCAGCGUCGCCGACUGGGACCCAGUCGCCGUCGCCUCAAACGGAAACUACUCCUCCCGACCUUUUCUUCCCAAGAUCUUCCCAAAGCACUCGUGCCACAUCUGUUGUGAACGCCAGCGCUUGUUCCUCCAGGCAAUCUCCCAUCGACAAAUCUCCUCCAGACGCACCACCUUCUCUGACGUUGAGCGAAACCACCUUCGUCACCACUCCCGACGACGACAUUACACAAGACCCCGACGACUGCGACGCCUUCACCAUGACUUCAGGCGCCCUCGACGCUGCUGGCCUUGGCCGCGGCCGGCAGGACUCCUUCGUGAGCGCCGGCCCCAAACCCAUUUCCGUGAACAACCAGAAUCGUGACAACGUCAACCGAAAUCGCAGAGAGUCUCUGGCCGGGAGCCUAAUGGGCGGUAUGAGUUGGGGCGGCAUGUCCUUUGGAAGCUUUGUUCGUGACGAUAUAAUGAUGCAAGGCAGCUCGCCCAACCCCUUUGGCGGCGCUCCUCAGUCAUCGUCUUUUCAUUCAUCAUCAUACCUCCCAAAACUGGAGGCCAACUUCAUGAGAGACUUUACAUGUUGUGGCAAAGUCCUACCCAACCUCCACGACCUACUGCAACACUACGAGGAGGCCCAUACACAGCCCAGCCCCAACAAUUCGAGGAAUCCUGCCUUCGCUCAGUUUGGCAUGCAAGGCACCUCUAACUUGUCCAGCUCGCGGACAACGCCGACUGGCUCAAGUCAACCAGGUCCUUCACAGGCGCCUGGCCAGCCACUUUCCCCAGGCGCUUUGGGUGGCAUCCAGGGCGGCGUAAAUGGAGGCCAGAUGAAUCCCGCCCUGGCCACUAACCUUCACGAUGACAUGGAUGCCGUCGCGGAUAUGGAAAUGGAUGACGCCAUCGGUACCAUGGAGCUGGACGACAGCAAUAAGAUGCACCAGACGAGACAACUCUUCGGGCAACAACAGCGGCCACAACUUAAUAUGAACACGUCCGGACUUACCCAGGGCCUACGCACUUCUCAACCACCCACGCCAGCCGCCGCUAGUUUUGGCCUCCAGAAUAAUCCCACUGUGUCUUCUGUCAACACUCCAACUCUGGCAACCGCACAGCAAAUGCCUCAGCAGCAAAAUCAGCCAGCUGGAGCAAUGGAUGACAUGGAUGAAGACCUCCCUGGGAUGCCGAUGGGCGGCGCUGGAUCCACUGAUCUUGGGGAUGGAAACUUUGCAAAUGGCAAUGAUUCCAACUUUUGCAUCAACGACCCUGGCAAACACCUUUUCAGCCCUAACGGUGCAUUCCCACAAGGCAAUCGAUCAAUACAAGCCCAACUGGCGCAGCUUGGAUUGGGACAGGGGCAAGGUGGCCAGUUUACUGAUCCUCAGACCAACAAGCUCUUGUUGCAGAAACUUCAGAGCAUGAUGAUGCCCGAGGAACACAAACCGUUCAAGUGCCCUGUCAUUGGUUGCGAAAAGGCUUAUAAGAACCAAAACGGAUUAAAGUACCACAAAGCACACGGUCAUCAAACACAACAAUUACACGAGAAUGGCGACGGCACAUUCUCCAUCGUAAAUCCCGAAACAAGUGCCCCCUACCCCGGAACCUUGGGAAUGGAAAAAGAAAAGCCCUUCAAUUGUGAAACUUGCGGCAAACGAUACAAAAACUUGAACGGGUUGAAAUAUCACAAAUCACACUCCCUACCUUGCAAUCCCGAGUUUAAGAUGCAAGCAAUGGCUGCUGGCCUGAACCUGCCGGGUAUUGGGGAAGAUCAAAUGAUGCAAUAG